CCCAAACCAAUGUUGGUUGAUUUUCUUUUCCCUGUCUACCUAGCUACCUUAUUUACCAACUUACCUUCCUACUCAUCUGUCACCAACGAAGAGGCUAGACCACAUCUCUCAGAUUCUAGAUCACCCAAGAUCUUCUAUCUUUUUUCAUUCAAAUGCUUGCGAAACUGCUCUCUAAAUCCAUUUGUCAUCGACAGCUAUCGAGUACGAGUCUGCACCGUUCCUGAACUGUAUUUAACUGAGCCGACUUUUUCGUUGCAUCCAUUUGGCCUCUGUCGCCAAUAACUAGCCCAAAGAUACCCAUUAGGGAGCAGAUCCGCCCAAUACCAAAUACAAUUGUGCGAAACGCCAGUUACUUGCUUCCCGCACAAGGGAUCAGACGUGUACAGCUGUGCACUGCCAUGUCUGUGGACUUACUCACCACUACCCAUCAGGGUCACAUCGACGGCGAAGUUGACAUCGAUGAGAUGAACCACGUCGAAAGCGGAGGUGGUCAUAUCGAUUUGGAGGAGCAAGACCUAGGGGGACCAGGUUUCAACGACGACGACUUGGUUACUGAGGAUAGGCACGAUCCAUCCAGCCUCGACCUCGAAGAUACCCAACCCGAGGAACACGAGAAUGAAGGGGAGAAGACUUCAGCUGAGGGUGUUCUUCCCGAUGAUGUAGAAGAUGGUUUUGAUAUGGAAAGCAGCGUCGCCGUUUAUGAGCACGUCAAGUCAGACAACUCAGCCUCAGUGAAUAUACCCGAGGUUGAGAUCAUGCUGGAUGCAGAGGAAACUACUGCGAAUGACAAGACCGGUAGUAAUCCUACCGCAUCCCUCGUCCCCGGCUCUAACAUGCAACAGGAAGAUGCUAUGUCUGAGAUCGAUUACGACCACAACGAUGAUGAUUCUGCCGAUGUAGGCACGAACGACCAGAUAAUCUCACGGGGUGUAGAGGGUGCCGGAGAUGAAAAUCCAGGCGAAGAAUCUGAGCCUGUAGAUGAAAUGGUCUCUAUGCCUGUUGCAGAGAGUCAGAAUGAAGUCUCACAGACAGUUCCAGACCAAGCCGCUCAACAAGAGAGCAUUCCCUCAGUUACCUUCCAGGAGACGAACGAAACCCAUGAAUACGAAUAUGACGACUCUGAACUUGUCGAGACUGCCGAUUUCACCGGCACUGAUGACGCAGAGGCAGAUGAACCAAACGCCUCUAAUGGCGAAAAUAUGGAUGUCUUGAACGAUCAAAGUACCGACGCUCCCGAAGGUCUUGGGAUAGAUCCUUCUGAGAACGACAACGACUACCAUGAAGACACUGAUUAUAUGGACGUCGCUGAACUCGAUCAGUCCCCCGAUGACUUUUCGAACCCGCCUACCGUGCAAGUUCACUAUCGGGGGACAAGCUAUGCUCUCUUUCAAAAGUCAUAUGAGGACGAGCCCAACUCGUUUUUCUUCUCUGAUAUGGAAGCGCUUGAAUUCCCACUCUCGCAGUUCCUUGCUAGCCUCCGUGAGGUCGUCGAGGAUGUGGCCAACGAUGACGAGGUGCUAAUUCGUAUCGACGAGCUGGGACUAGAGUUUGCUGAAACAACGGAGAAAAAGUUGCUUGAUAAAAUUACCUUCCGUAAUCUCGUUGAUCUCCAUGAGCGGUUGGUGCGCGCAGAUGACCCAGACUCUCAGCAUCACACCAUGCAGAUCUUUCUAGUGACACGACCCAACUGCCAGCGGAGGCUUGAGGCUUUGCUGGAUGGUGCCAACGUUGGCGAGGGAUUGGAGGCCUACCGCCUAUCAUAUCCUGAGUACCUGACCCUGGACUUUCCCGUCAAGCCCACAGGCUCGGAUGGCUCAGAUGACUCGCUCUCUCACCAAGAUGAAGAUUCCACCGUCGAGCUUGACCAUUAUGAUGAGCAGGAAGACGAGGAGCUCGAUGUUAUGAACGUCUCACAUCAACCCGAGGACCAAAAACCUGAAGAUCAGAUGGUGGCUGUAGAGGACUUAGACAUUGGUUUGCAAGGCAUCUCAGACGGUCAAGUGACCGAAGAGAAAGAUCAGUCCGCGUCCGUCAACUCGGAUCCCGCAAAACCACAAGACUUGGAGACCGUGGAUACAGAAGGCGACAAGCUUUAUGACGAAGGUGCCGAAUCAUAUCUUGACAACUCAGAAAGACAAAUGGGAGAUUCAGGCACACCAGAGCAUUUCGACGAGGGUGAGGAUCAGGAGGCGUUUGAAGUCGAGGAUCAGAUCGGUACCGAUGCUAGCCAUCAAGCAUCAGCACCUCAGGACAGUGACUCCAAGGCAUUGGCCGAAGAGGACGAAGAGCUGGUCGAUGAUCAUAUCGCUGUCGACAUGGCGGAGCAUAUCAGUCUUGACGUAACUGAAAGUGUGUUCCAGUCCACGAGCGGUGCAGAGCACGAUGUCAAUCCUUCGUAUGAAGAUGAUGUUGAGGAAGCGGCUCCGGCGGUGGAAGAAGCUGUCGAUCUAGAAGGCAUGCCUGAACUCACCGAGCCUCAUGUUGAAGUCACCACUGCUGAUUCCACAGAUGUCGUUGAGGCAGACCAUGACGAAUGGCAAGAUCAGGAAAAUUCCGAAGACCAUACGGCCGCUGAUAUGCAUGAGGCUAGCCACUUCCCUCACCAUGAGGCUGGAGAACUCCCUGUCGGAGACGAGUCUGAGCGAACCAGCGCAUCUGGCACAAUAGCUGGCGAUGAUGUCGAAGGGAUCGACAUAGACGAAAUUGCGGUACCAAUCGCGAUCGACGAUAACGUUGAUGGCAGCCCUGUCCAACAUGAUGCCGAUGAAAUCGACUGGGAAGACAACGGAGAUGAGACAACGACUGGUGGUACUCACCUCUCUACCUCCCCGAGUAAUACUGGGAAGAGAGGUCGAGCAGAUGACGGCGACGAAGUUGGUGGUGAGCACGACGUCAAGCGUCAUCGUGUCUAGUCAAUUGUUCACGUACCCCUUCCCUUGACAUAAUGUGGCUUUCGAGCUGUGCCCCCUUCAACAUCGAGCAGUUGUAGUUCAACUGCAGCCAGGCCAUUGGCUUGUGUGGAACCUUUGACCCCUACAGAUAUUUCACUCGACCAUUUCUUUCUCAAAGCAAAAUACUACAGGAGCGACAACGACCACCAAACCCCGACAAACAGGGCGACUAGGGCCCGAAAAUUAUCAGCAAGUUAUCACCACAGACCCAUAAAGGUAAGUUUUUGAUCACUGGGCUUGUGAAACGAGCAUUCGCUACCGACUUGAAAAAGGAUAAAUCGGGUUUCGACUGAAAAUAUGCCACGGCCACGACAGCGACUUUCUAUCGUGUACUUGCAGGCGUUUUUGAGAUUCCUAUGGCGCCAUGGAAAGUAGGAUUGCGAUGUGAUACCCAUUUACAAUCGUUCUGUCUUUUUCUUCUUCUUUUUUCGGUUUAUGGUACUCUCCCCCUUCCGUGUUUUCUUCGGUUUCUUUUUUCUUUCUCUCUCUCUCUCUCUCUUUCCAUCCUUUUACUCUUGGCUCACAUGCUUUUCUCUGUUCAUUUAAUUUCCUAGUUUAUGUACCAUUACAAAAGAUAUCCGGGGCAUCUUUGGCCCCUGUAGUUGAGUUAGAUUUAGGUUGUCGCUUCCUGGCCGAGUAACGGCACUGAUUUGACAGGCGGUCACUUUUGGAUGGCUGCCGCGGGCGGAUGGAGAUUGACGAUGGAUGAGGUAUACCAGAGGUACAUGUGUAUUUUUUUCCUCAUGGUUGCAAUCAGUUUGAAGCACAGAAUCCCUGCAGUAGCUAGAUGACCAGACGGCUUACGGAACGUGAAGGCGAGUUUUGACAGUCAACUGGUCUCACCGUACAACUGAAUCGAGGAAGAUUAGGUUAAGGCAGAUAGUUGAACGGAUCAGGGUUAGUUUAAAAUGACGAGACGUCGUCUCAUCGUCAUGAAAUACACAAACAGGUGCCUAGUUCCUGUUCAGAUUUAGGUAAAAGAGGACACAUGUACUGUGCCAAUCGAUGGGUUUUGGAAGAAAUCGAUUUCAGGGGCUUGGCAGUAGGGCAAAAGUUUAAAGAUAACGGACGAAACCCUGCGUCUGGCGGGUGUGCGCCUGGCAGCGAGCCGGACCUUAUGCAAGGCAGGUUAUCACCCUCUGACUUCUCUAAA